AUGGCUGUCUAUCAAGCUACUGCUACUGCGCCGGUAAAUAUCGCGUGUAUAAAAUAUUGGGGUAAACGUGAUACCAAGUUAAUACUCCCGACGAAUUCGUCCCUUUCCGUUACGCUCGACCAAGAUCAUCUCCGCUCCACAACUACAUCACGCGCCGACGCGUCGUUUACCCAAGAUAGACUCUGGCUCAACGGCAAGGAGGAUGAGAUUAAACAAGGAGGGAGGUUGGCGACAUGCAUUGCUGAGAUGAAACGAUUGCGUGCAGAGCUCGAGCAAUCGGAUUCGAGCAAGCCCAAGAUUUCCGGCUACAACGUUCAUAUCGCAUCCACUCGUUGCUUCUCUCGCCCAACUUACGAACUUCCCUCUACCCCCUCCGAGCUGUCUUCCAUCGCACGCCAGGGCUCCGGCUCCGCAUGUCGUUCUCUGUUCGGAGGUUACGUAGCCUGGGAAAUGGGUUCCAAGCCGGACGGGUCGGAUUCAUUCGCCGUCCAAGUCGCGACCAAAGACCACUGGCCCGAUCUACACGCUCUCAUUUGCGUAGUGAACGAUGCGAAAAAGGGCACGAGCUCGACAGCCGGUAUGCAACGCACAGUCGAGACUUCUCUGCUCUUGCAGCACCGAAUCGCGCAUGUGGUGCCGCAGCGGAUGAAGGAUAUCAGUCAAGCCAUUCAAGAUCGGGACUUUGAAACGUUUGGAAGGAUCACUAUGGACGAUUCGAACCAGUUCCAUGCUGUUUGCUUGGACACUUCUCCCCCGAUUUUUUAUAUGAACGAUGUGAGCAGGGCGAUUGUUGCCUUGGUCGAAGAGUUCAAUCGUGCGAGCGGCAAGAUUCGGGCCGCUUAUACGUACGAUGCGGGGCCGAAUGCGGUUAUUUACGCACCCAAGGAGAACCUGAAGGAAAUUGUGAAUCUGAUUGUCAAGUAUUUCCCUCAAUCGCAAACGUUUGCCGAUCCGUUCGGGGUGUUUGAUGCUGGAGAGCAAGUAGGAGAUUUGGAUUUGCCACAGGGGUUCAAUACUGCUGUUGCUGUGAAACAUGAGAUUGGGGCCGUCAAGGGGUUGAUUCAUACGCGCGUUGGAGACGGACCACGGGCACUUGGGCAGGAAGAUGCAUUGUUGACGAGCGAUGGGUUACCCAAGCCUCUUUAG